UAGGAUCACGUCAUUACCUUUACUAACCACAAGAGGGCAAUAUGUCCUUUAGUUUGGUUUUUUUUUAUGUACCACCCUUAUUUAUUGAAGUCCUGUAUAUAGGCUGGACAGAGUUUAGGCCUGAACAAAGCGUUGAAUCGGGGGUGCAUUUUACCAGUGCGUAAAAUACUAAUUGUUACGUCAUAAUUGAUGAGGUUUAAAACUGAACAGAAAAACUGGUUCGAUCAGUCUUAUCUUCGUUGUGGACUGGACAACCUAGUGUUAAUCAUUGGACGCGCAUUCACUUAUUUUACACGGAAAAGACACGGAGAGUAAAGGGGUCAGAGGUCAAACGUGAUGACCUCACCCUCAUAGAUAUUGAACUCACAGCCUCUUGAGGACCCUAUCAAUAAUGCUGAUGACAUGCAGGAUGAAGUCAGAUAUGAAAAAGAUCAGCCUGAUACUGGGAGCCUGGACCAGUUCUUUGCUGAUCAAGAAAUAGCCAGCCCAACUCAGUCAAUAGCGGCUGAACCGGAGGCAGAGAUGCAGGAGGCCGGUCUGAAGUCAGCUGACCCAACUCAGUCACUAGAGGCUGAAAUAGAAAGUGAGAUGCAGGCUGAUCUAGAGACACCCGGCCCAUCCCAUGUACAGGAGCCACACCAGACUUCUCUAUUCAACUCUGGAGACCUGAAACUGGAGGAUACUGAUGUGACCUUCACCACCACGCCCACGGCCCCCCAGGCUGCAAUGUCCCAGAACAGCCUUGUCAGGCUGCAAAGAAGCUCCCCAGACCUCUCCACCUUUGUGCAGGACAUGACUGACAAACACUGGAAUCUGUUGAGUGCGAAUAUGCGUGCCAAGUUAACUAGAGAUGAGUUUACUGCCAAGUGCAUGGACAUUGUCACAUGGGUGAAGAAGAUCAAAUCGACAGUUGUGGUUCCCGCCCUUGACCUCACCAUGCAGAUAGAGCUGACUGAGUUGCCAGGCUCUCCUGGAUCAGGAAGUGAGGAGGCAGUAACUUCUCUCUCCCGCACUGUGAGAUUAAGUUGUACUCAAGGCCCCAGCAGGAGCACCAGUUCUAAAACUUCCUGGAGCACACCUACAUCUUUCCCCUCCACUCCCAGGUCCAUGACCUCUUUGCUGAGUGAAGAGGACGAUGAAGACUUGAUCCCUGGAGAGUUCACAUAUCUCUCUACACCUGAGGGGGACAAUAGAGAGGUGAAGGGCAGACCCUGCUCAGAGCCACUCAGUUCUGUGUUUGGCCUGUCUCAGAGCUGUGUUUUCAAUCAAAUGGUCCACAGUGGAGCAUGCAGGUCGCUGAGUGAGAUUGUACUGCCGUCCAGCCGGAGUAGGCAGAGGAAGCUCAUGCCCAUCAUCGUCUCCACAGACACCAGAUUGGUAAUGGAAAUUGUGGAGAUGGUGAUGAAAGUCAUCAACUCCAGGCUUGCUCAGCUAAUGCUAAAUGUGGGUUGUGAUCAGGGAACUGAAGGUCAAGGCAGCAACUCAGCAAGCAUUCGGUUUGCUCAAGAGAUGCUGAGCAUGGCAACUGCAUCAAUGUAUGCCCAUGCCAUGGAGCAUAUUGCGCACGGCCGCAAGUCCAGCAGUCGCCAGUCCAACAAGUCUCCGCUUGAAUUAGAGAGGGAACUUGAAGCCAUAUUGGGUCCUCUGGCUGGACAGGUAAUAGUCACCAUCAUCAAUAGUAUCCUCAGGACUAAAGACAACGGAAGAACUGAGCAGGAACGGACCACCCCUUUGAGUUACUUCCUUACUGCGGUUUCUGCUGAAAUUCAAAGUAUGGUAGUUCAAAGAUCUGCAAGUAGACAGUCCUCCAGGCAGUCCAUCAGAGACCACUUGAUGAAUAUCUCCAAGGGCAAGAUCGUGAAAGCCGUUCAAAUUAAAAUGUCGCAACUCUAUGGCGAGUCUACCAAUGAAAGCUGCAUAUCAGCAACUCCAACAAUCCAGAGCCUGUCCAUGUGCUCAUCCAAAGAAUCCCUUUGUGAUUGGCCUCUCAACUCAGACGACGUGCAUCCAGCUAAGUUCCUGUCUAGCAACAGAAUUACAGCAUUGUCGACUGAUGUUGUGGAUGUUGUGUUUAGCGAUGUUCUUUAUAAUCUUGGACUUUCGGACAGCCAAACACUGUUAAGACCACAGUGCACCGGCUCCAGCUCAUCAAUAGACAUCAGCGGUGUUGCUGGGGAGAUGGUCAGACAAGUCUCCGUAAAACUCCAGCCCUUUGUGUCUGAGAGCAGUCUGGAGGCCAUGUCCAUGACUCAUGACCCACCAUCUCUGCCCAUCUCAGACUCUGACUUGAAGUUCUUGUGCUCUCACUCAGCGGUUGCUGUAGCAACUGCCUGCCAAGCAAUUAAAACUGAGCUUGAGAUUGAGAUGAGUCUCAACCCAGCCACAGAGGCCGGCUCCCAGGGUAACCUUGCUGCCAGAGACCUGGUAUCUUCUCUGUCACAGAGUCUUGAGGACAUAGAUGUUUCUCACAUCAUUCGGGGCCUUAAGGAGGCAGAUGUGACAUUUGCCAAUCUGAACGAAACCCCUUCGAGCGACACUAAUAGAUUAGAGGAAAUCUUAUCUGCCCAUAUUUCCCCUGAAAGUAUUGCAGCGGCAUCGGUGGAUCUUUUUGAUGGCGUAUUAGGAGACUUGCAUGAGGCAUUUGAGGCAAAUAAGGUCUCAGCAGCCACAAAAUCUGGUCGCAAAAAGUUCUGGGUUGAAGUACAUACAAGUUCACAAAACCUGUACACCAAUGCGCUGGACAAACUAAAUAAGUGGUUCAGUUUACACCAUCUCACUGAGGAAAAAGACGUCCCUCUGAAUACCAAGCUCUCUCCAACUGGACCACUCCUAACUGAGGCCUGUGUGGAGGUAUCUCCUGUGCAAAAGACCAGUAUUAACAGCUCUAGUAUGUCCUUCAGGUCUCUGAGUAAUAUCCCAGACAACCAGCUAACCCUCAACACAUGCACUAAAGAGGUCAUCAAACAGGUGGCCUCAGUUCUGAAGGUUGAGGCUUCUAAGGAAGACUGUUCUUCUUCCGUUGGAGGGAGGACAUUAAAUGUGUUCUUGGAGUUCAGCCAGAAGUUGGAUGCUCUCAUCUCAAAGUUGGAGGACCUCCCCAUUUCAGGUGAGAUUUCCUCGCUCACACAACCACAAUGUGUAAUCAGCAGCAGCAGAACCUCUAAUAUUUCCAUUGGGAGUAUCCUAAGUGUGGAGUUCCACACAAAGGCCAACCAGAUCGUGAGUGAGGCUAUCCUUGGAGCUGCAACUGUUUUCAUUGCUCGCAAAGCCAACCAUUUGGAGCUGAAAAUGCCUGCUACCUAUUCACAACAUCUGUUUGCAGCAGCCUCGGACAUUGUGAACAUUAUUGUGGAAGACCUAGAGAGAGAGACCAUGGAUACAGAGUCCCACCUCACAUCUAAAAUAGUUUUUGACAAGUUUCUGGAUGUGGCUCACAACAUCUACUACCGAGUGAGGGAUAGGCUGAAGGUCUUCUUCUCCUUGUCCCCAGUGCCUGCCUCCAAAACCAAAGAUGUGGUGGAUUCCAUGCCUGUGGAGAAACAUGGAUACUUUGAGGCCUCUGACACUGCUCAUGACCCGGAGCGACCUCAAUCUGUCAGGAGUGAGAAGAUGUUGACAAAAGACAGUUUAGCCAAUGUUGAAAGGUCUAAAUCCCUUGCAUCUCAGGGUGACACGUCAACAGAAAAUCAACACUUUGACACCUUCACAUUGACACCCACCAAGAGCAUGUCAGUGCUGAGUGAUCACAGUUUGAGAGGAGCUUUUCCUCUCUUGAGUGAAAGUUGCCAACCACUUUUGACUCUCAAAGACUCAACAGUGGCAGUCACUAAGCAUAGCUUCACCAAAUCUGCUAAGAACACCCUCAGCCAGAUCCUAAAUGUGAUCAAGUGCAGAGUGGUUGCCUCGAAUAAUUCAUCUGUUGGACAGAAGACAACUGACAUGUUGGACUCUCUUCUUGAGAGCCUUGACCAGUUGACUGCAGAUGAGAUAAAGGGGACAGCGUCCCACAACUUGAUCACAAUAGAUGUGCCAGAAUCACUGCCUGAGCAAUCCUUGACAAAAUACUUGUCUACUCCUGAGAGGAACCAGGAUUCUUCCCCUGCAAAGCUUGUGUGUCAACCAUCAUGCCUGAUACCAACAUCCAUGUCUGACACCAACAUUAUAGUGAAAACUAUAAUGGAAACGCUGGUGACGGACGAAUCAAGGAAGACUUCAGCAGAGGAAAACCUUGAGAGGCUCGUCUCCAUUGAAACCAUUCAAGGUGUGUCAGACGACCUCAUCACAAAGGUCCAUGGUCUCAUUCAGGAGAUCACAAUAAGCCGGCAACUUCAAUCCAUGGCUGGCCACAGGAGCUUCUCUGAACUGGCAUUGCCAAAGCCAGCCCUGAAAAAGCUGUCAAGGAAUGAUGCCUCUGAGCUCGCCUACAGCUUUGCCGAAAAUUCUGUUAGGACUCUCCUGGGGCAGUGUUUAAAUGUGUCGCUCGUUUCCACCGGAGUAAGGCAGACGAUGGAUCAGGUCACUAAGAUAAUGACCAACACAGUGAUGGACACGCUGACUGAUGUGUCCAAGCCCACAGUGAAGUCAGAGGAUGAAUUAGUUUCCAGGUUAGUCCCACCAGAUGAAUUCCCCACCAGGAGCCUUAACCCAGCUGAUGGCAACGCUGAGGUGAUGCCUCGCUCUGCUGGAGGUGAAAAGAAUAGCAAGAAGUGGCGUUUCCUUUUCAAAAUGCCUAACAUCCCGAAGAUCAGGAUCAAGCUUUUCAAGAGAAAAGGACAAGCCAAGAAGCACCCUGAACUGGAAGCACUGCCAACAAAACGUUUCAGUGAUAUGUCACUGAAGGUUCCUUCCGCUUCCCCACCCAUGGAGGACCUGAUACCUGCACCUACUGCACAGGAUCCCCAAUCCCGUAAAUGCCCCUUCGUGGUUAGGGUGUUUCGGGCCCUCUCUCGAGCCAUCACCAGACCCUUCAGAGGAGCUUCAGGGAAGAAGCACUAGAUUAGUGCCUGAUUUGAAUAAACAUUACUGCAUUUAUUUUUGUGUCUACAGCAGUUGUAUGUGCAAAAUAACAAGAUUGGUACUUCCGAGUGAUUUAUAGUGGUAGACUUUUUAUGGUCAUUGAUUGUGGAAUACUGAUAUCGAUAAAGACAAAAUAUUGCCUCUUAUAGGGAUACCUUGCCUUCAGUGUGGCUUGCCCAUAUUCCAAAUCUUUAAUAGGGAAUCCCCACGCACCUCUAAGACUCCUGAGACGCACUGAUAAUUCUCACAGUAUCCCACUCAUCCCACUCCUGGCUUAUUGGCUAUGCCUGGUUUAACAAUAGUACUUCAUCAGUCUUUUUUCUACAUCUGGAUCACUUAGAAUAUACAGGGUGAGGCCUCAUAAGUUUGAUGCACAUGAUAACUGUAGUAGGUGUGGGGGAGCACAUGGGCCAAGACUGAGUGACGAAGCUAUGUCUUCCUAAUGGUAAUUCCUCGAACAGUGUGGCUUUUCCAAAGGGUAUACAGCACAUCCUACCAUCCAUUACAUGGGUCACUCUCAACACCAAAGCUUCACCCUUCACAUGUCUUUCUCCAUCAUGGAAUUUCACUCUAUUUUUUUACCCCUGUUGAUCAUAUCUUUUGGUCUGUAUGUUUGAGUGGGACAUCAGAUGGAAUAUUUGUUUGUGUGUAAUAUAGGACAUCAAAGGCUUUGCUCAUGGUAUUUUAGUCUUAAUAGGGAAAAGAGUGUAAAAUAUGUCAACAAUAAGGAAGUAGACUUCAAACCAGGUAAAUGAAAUCAAAUAGCAAGCCAUUUCUUACAUUCACAGAAUUGUCUGUAUUAGAACUCGCAUUGACAUGAGCAUUUACCGAUGAGUUCAGAGAGCACUGAAAGCUGUUCGACGGAGGGCUCUGCUCAGGAUUCUAAUAGUGUAAUAUUGUCCACACGACCCUAAGCCCACAGCACUUAGAUGGAAAACAUGGUUGAAUCAUGAAUAUGCCUCCCUCUGACGGUGACACAGGCAUCCGCCCCCCUAACCCUGCACAUACCAUCUGGGAACAACCCUCAUAUUCUAUUCAGCAGUAGUCAACAGCUUAUAUUGGUGCUGCUUCAUCGUCUGUGAAGACAGGGUAAAUGACUGACACACGCCUCCCAACAAACACAGACACGUACACUCCCCCCUGGACAGUGAUUCACUAUUAAUAAUAUUCUCAGCAUGAGGCAAAGUAAAUGAUUACUCCCCUCUCCCUAAAAAUAUGGAAGGGAUAGAAGGAAAAACAGCAUCGCCCCAUGAGGUCAAUCAGCCAAUGGUCCAGGAUGAAGAGAAGAGUAAUGGUGCUGUGAGGUAUACAGUGACGGUCUGUGGAUGAUGUGUCUCAUACAUUAUGGAUGAAACCUUAUGUUUUCCAUCACUGUCAGAUGUGCUUUGCUGCUGUCAUGUCAGCGAUUUAGUUCCUAAACUGGCCUAUUUAGAAUUCUACAUUCAAGGGCCACCGCCAAUUUAAACAUAGAAUGUACAAAAUGCCAAUUUUGAGUCACCUGCAUUGCUCAUCUUGUCACGAGCACCUUGACAUUAGUAAAUGAGUUACUUGCACCAAGAGCAAGUGGUUUGGAAACAGAUGAACUCUGUGUCUGUGUGUGUGUGUGUCUAUGUCUGUAUGUGUGUGUGUGGAUAACAACAGGAUCCAACCCCUCCCUUCCCCCUCCCCUCAUUUCCAAAAGAAAAUGUCAUCUCACACAGAUACACAACCCCCUGUGAAGAUCAUCCAACCUAAUCAAUCUCCAUUAUCCAAUCAGACACAACAGUGGAGGAACAAUCUGCCGCUAAUUCAGUGGGCGGGAAAGGAACCCUAGGGGGAGGGGCUACUCUGUCUCCCCACUUCCACCCCCUCUCCCACCCCCACCCAUGUUUUAUAAUCAGGUGGUAUUUCACUAGGCACUGUGAAUGGUAAAAAACGGACUUUAAAAAUCAUUAUUCACAUCCAUGGCAUUGUCAGUUUAGUGGUAAGGUCAACUCUUUGAAAAGGAAGAUUGUCUUUAAGGACAGUAGGCUGUAUAAUUGUAUGGAUGUUUCUCUGUUGAGGGAGGCUAGAGUAAGUUUUUGUGCCUGUCACUAAGACACAUACACAGUUGGCUUUGUAAACAGUAAACACGUAGCUCAUCACUCGAACAAUGGCACACGGACAACUGGAUGAGAGUCAGCUGCCUUCACCAGGUCCUUAUUAAGAAAAACUUAAUUGGUGUACUGGCUCCUAUGGCAACCAAGGGAAUCAGUUAGAUCCUAAUGAUUUCCUUUCAAUGCCCUGAGCUGGUCAAAAAGCCAAACACAGACAGCUAAAUAGAGCCUGAUGACACAUGUUGUUCUGCAGGACUGAGGUCAUCGACAUGAGAUCAUUUAGAAUCUAGUCAUUGGGCAGAAAGGGAGCAGCUGGGGGGUGUCUGGGUGUUCUCAUUGGCACUUACAAAAUGUCUUACUGGUCAUACUACUGACAAAUGUUGACAUAAAACGUGCAGAGUGUACAGGAACGUGUGCAGAAGUCAUUUUUAUUUAUUGGAUGUGACUGUUUCCAUUUUGUAGUGAUAACUAGGAUUUUUUAAAUGUCUUCUACAUUAUACCUAAAAUGUAUGCCUGUGUAGCUAUGACAUAUGUUUUCCAGUAGUCAGUCCUUUACUGUAGUAGUGAGUCCUUUACUGUAGUAGUCAGUCCUUUACUGUAGUAGUCAGUCCUUUACUGUAGUAGUCAGUCCUUUACUGUAGUAGUGAGUCCUUUACUGUAGUAGUCAGUCCUUUACUGUAGUAGUGAGUCCUUUACUGUAGUAGUCAGUCCUUUACUGUAGUAGUCAGUCCUUUACUGUAGUAGUGAGUCCUUUACUGUAGUAGUCAGUCCUUUACUGUAGUAGUGAGUCCUUUACUGUAGUAGUCAGUCCUUUACUGUAGUAGUCAGUCCUUUACUGUAGUAGUGAGUCCUUUACUGUAGUAGUGAGUCCUUUACUGUAGUAGUCAGUCCUUUACUGUAGUAGUCAGUCCUUUACUGUAGUAGUCAGUCCUUUACUGUAGUAGUCAGUCCUUUACAGCCUGUUUUAUUUUAAAGAACCCCCUGCCUCCUCAGUCCUGUAUCUCUCCUCCUCAACCCUAGGGGGCGAUCACGGUCAGGUGCAGAACAGGACAGGCCAUGUCUCCUCUGUCUCUAAGCCUCCUCUCAUAGCUCCUGCUCCUCUCCAUUGCUCAGUACAUUAGGUAGCCCGCUGGGCAUGGCUCUCAUUGCGUAACUGAUAAAUGAGCUUUGUCUGGAGGAAAAGUAGCUGAAAAGUUGGCAAAAGUUUUUCAUAGCCAGCUGGCAUCAUGCUGAUCAAGGAGGAGUGUGCAAUAUAACCCACUUUAAGUCUGAAAGAAAGAUGUUGGUGCCCUCCAUUUUGUACACAAUACAUGAGCUCAGAAAGUGUGCCUCAACACUG